AUGAACUUUGAAGAACAACAAGAAGAUAAAGAAAAUGAAGUAGAUGAAGGAGGUGAUGAAGUAGAAAAAGAUGAAGAAACUAGAGAAGAAACUGAAAAAGAUAAUGAAAAAUCUGAUGAAGGAGAUGAAGAAGAAAGCGACGAAGGAGAUGAAGGAGGUGAAGAAGAUGAAGAAACUGAAAAGGGUAAUGAAGAAGACGAAAAAGAAAAUACAGAUCACAUGUCGAUGACCUUGGCCGAGUUAAGAAAAAAGAGAAAACAUAAUAUGGAUGCCAAUAUUCUUGAGUCUUCUAGUAUUGGCACUAAUCCCAAUGGACCUUCCAUUGACGAGGUUGUCAAGAGUUUUAGCAUUGAAAAGUACGGCGUGAGGAUGCCGCUGAAUGAAAAUAAUGAUUUGUCCAGUGAUAUUAUGGUCAAAUCAAGCAUGGGCAAGGGCUUUGACAAACUUAGGGGCAUUCUUCGGCAGCAGGGGUUGGAGAAUUUCUUUAGAGCUAGCUGCUUUGGGCUCUAUUUAGAUUUUCCUGAAGAAAUCGGUGUGCAGUUUCAAAUGACAAUGGUGUCGGGGCUUUUGAAGCGUCGGAUUAUUUGUGAUAGAAAGGAUGAGGUUUGGAUUAAUUAG